AGGGGAGCGGGGCCUCACCAGCCACGUCCUCAUGGCCCUGCUGCUCUUGCUGUUCCUGGGCCUCCUGGGCCUCCUGGGGCUCUGGGGGCUGCUCCGCGCCUGCGCCCGAGACCCCUCCCCAGCCGCCCGGUGGCCCCCGGGGCCUCGCCCGCUGCCGCUCGUCGGGAACCUGCACUUGCUGCGUCUGGCGCAACAGGACCGGUCCCUGAUGGAGCUCUCAGAACGUUACGGGCCGGUGUUCACCGUGCACCUGGGGCGCCAGAAGACGGUGGUGCUGACGGGGUUCGAGGCAGUCAAAGAGGCGCUGUCGGGCCCCGGGCAGGAGCUGGCCGACCGGCCUCCCAUCGCCAUCUUCCAGCUCAUCCAGCGAGGUGGAGGCAUCUUCUUCUCGUCUGGGGCGCGCUGGAGGGCUGCCCGCCAGUUCACGGUGCGUGCUCUGCACAGCCUGGGCGUGGGCCGGGAGCCGGUGGCUGACAAGAUUCUGCAGGAGCUGAAAUGCCUCUCGGGGCAGCUGGACAGCUACAGAGGCCGGCCCUUCCCGCUGGCCCUACUGGGCUGGGCUCCCUCCAACAUCACCUUCGUGCUCCUCUUCGGCCGCCGAUUUGACUACCGGGACCCCGUGUUUGUGUCCCUGCUGGGUCUCAUCGAUGAGGCCAUGGUCCUCUUGGGGUCCCCUGGCCUGCAGCUGUUCAACGUCUACCCGUGGCUCGGGGCCCUGCUCCAGCUGCACCGGCCCGUCCUGCGCAAGAUUGAGGAGGUCCGUGCCAUUCUGAGGACCCUCCUGGAGGCGCGGAGGCCCCACAUGUGCCCGGGGGACCCCGUGCGCAGCUAUGUGGACGCCCUGAUCCAGCAGGGACAGGGGGAUGACCCCGAGGGCCUGUUUGCUGAGGCCAACGCGGUGGCCUGCACCCUGGACAUGGUCAUGGCCGGGACGGAGACGACCUCGGCCACGCUGCAGUGGGCCGCACUUCUGAUGGGCCGGCACCCGGACGUGCAGGGCCGGGUGCAGGAGGAGCUAGACCGCGUGCUGGGCCCUGGGCGGCCACCCCGGCUGGAGGACCAGGAGGCUCUGCCCUACACAAGCGCUGUGCUCCACGAGGUGCAGCGGUUCAUCACGCUCCUGCCGCACGUGCCCCGCUGCACCGCCGCUGACACACAGCUGGGCGGCUUCCUGCUCCCCAAGGGCACGCCCGUGAUUCCCCUGCUGACCUCAGUACUCCUGGAUGAGACACAGUGGCAGACCCCAGGCCAGUUCAACCCAGGCCAUUUCCUGGACGCGAAUGGGCACUUUGUGAAGCGGGAGGCCUUCCUGCCUUUCUCUGCAGGCCGCCGCGUCUGUGUUGGGGAGCGCCUGGCCAGGACCGAGCUCUUCCUACUGUUUGCCGGCCUCCUGCAGAGGUACCGCCUGCUGCCCCCGCCUGGCGUCAGUCCAGCCUCCCUGGACACCACGCCUGCCCGGGCUUUCACCAUGAGGCCGCGGGCCCAGGCCCUGUGUGCGGUGCCUAGGCCCUAGGAGAUCCCCCAGCCCCCAGGUCCUCCUGACCACUCCCCUCCCAGCCCUGGGUCCUCCCACCCUCUCUCCUCCCACCCCACAGCUCGGACUGCUCUGGGAGGGCCCUGAGGACUCCCACCCCCACCCCCACCCCCACAGGGUCAGCAACUGCUUCCGGUUACACCCAGGCCUACCCCUGCCCGACCCUGUGGGACCCCCACCCCUCUGAUGCUGUCUGCAGCUCAGUCCCUGCCAGCCCCCAGGAGCGCCUCCAGGGCCCCGCCCACUCUCCCACCCCUGAAGCUGCACUCCCACCCACCUAGCUCCCCCCAGGGCCCCCCAGCACCUGCAGCUGGGGCUGCAGGGAGACAACGGGUGGCUGCAUCCAGCCAGAGACAGGCGCAGGUGGGUGUCCUCAGCGUGCGAGCCCUGCACCCCCCAGGUCCUGGGACUCCUGCAGACCCCACUCCAUUCCCGCUCCUGGAACACUUCCUGCAGCUGUGCCUGGAGGCAGUCGGCCUGCAGUGCCAAACUCUGAGCCAAGCCACCGGGGCCAUGCGUAUGACUGGUGCAGGGAGGCAAC